UAUCUGUGAUAGGAGAAAAGAUGGCGGGCAGCGGCGGCUUUAAAUUUGGGACGACAGCGACAGGAACAAGUGGAGGUGGUGCAGCUGGUGCCUUUUCGUUUGGGAAUCCUAGUGCGACAGCAAAACCAACUGGACUGUCCUUUGGCACUCCUGCACCUAACCCACAAGCUCCGACUGGAGUGGCAACAGGCUUUAAGUUUGCAGGAACAUCAUCACCAGCAACAAACCUAUCUGGUGGACUGCAACUAGGAGCUGCAACAGCAGCAUCUCCAGCUAGUAAAGGUCUUGGUUUUGGGCUUGGUUCCACAACAGCUACACCCGCUGCAGGUACUGGUCUAACCCUUGGAACACCAAGUACUGGUACAGGUCUAUCUCUAGGGGGUACCAUAGGAGGUACCAGCGCUGGAACAGGUCUGUCUUUAGGUGUAGCUAAACCAGGUGGGUUGAGCCUUGCCGGAGCUAAACCAGCUGGAGCAGGUUUUAGUUUGAGUGGAACUUCUGGGACAGGAUUAACUCUGGGAGGUACAACAGGAACAGGCUUUGGCAUCGGAGGGACUGCAGCCACAUCUUCCGGACUUACACUAGGUGGUAUUUCCACUAGUGGGGCAUCGACUGGCCUUACGCUUGGUGUUGUUGCACCCACAGCUAAGGUUGGCCUGGGUGGUGUGGACCCUUCAACUCUGUCUACCUCCAUAGCAACCACAAGUACUACUUCAGAUUCAACCAGCAAAGGACAAGGUGUAAAGGAAACCAAUGUGCCUCAACCAAUAUGUCAGAACGUCAAGGCAUUCAAGGCGUACGUCAAAAAGCAGAAGUCCACCCGAGAGGAGAUCUUGCGUUUCUCUGACAAACCCCUCCAUCGGGUGCGGGAGGAGACAGCAGCUCUCCAUCAGCUCCUCCGGCAGGCUUCCAGCAGUCUCCAGCGUAAUGCUGCUGCCGUACGCAAGCUGAAGGAGCAGUCUGCUCAGCAGCUGAAGGAUGUAGAGAUUGCUCAGAGGACCAGGGAGAUACCAGCUGCUCUGCAAUUAGAAUACUCUGCACCUACUGAGUAUUUCCAGAGACUUGUGUACCAGUUUGAGCAAGACAUGGUGUUAUGUAGACAACAGAUUGAACAGAUGGAGAGCUUCAUGGCAGCCCUAGAGCAACCUGCUUCAUACUCACCUCAAGAACUCUCUAAUAUCAUGGUGAAACUCAACGAGACAUUCGUAGCUCUGGCUGCCCAACUUCAAGGUGUCCAUGAGAUAAUCAAGGCCCAGAAAGAGCAGUACCUGAACUACCGUCGGGUCUAUCUGGGAGACUCCACAGAUGUAUUCUCAGCCCGUCGUAAGCUUGCUGAGAGACAGACCAGGUCAAAGACACAAUCCAAGGGUCCUCAGCCCUUCACACAGUUUCCUAAUAUGGCCCUGGUUAUGGCCACAGCUAUGCAGUCUGCUCAAAAACCAACUGGUAUGGGAGGUGCCAUGGGAGGUGCCAUGGGAGGUGGCUUGCAAACUGGUCUCGGCGCCAGGACAGGCUUAGGAGGUACAGCUGGAGGAUUGGGUGGUACCGCAACAGGAUUGGGCGGUACUGGCUCAACCUUCGGUGCCACAUCAGGCUUUGGUGCUGGCUUCCAGAACAAGGGUUUCGGAACUGGCACUGGGACCUUUGGAACAGGCUCUACCUUAGGAACGGGCCUGGGUCAGACCGCGUCAACCUUUGGUGGUGGUGGUGGAACAGGGGGUCUGUUUGGAACCAAUCCAGCGGCAGCUACUACCUCAGCACCUGGAUUUAACUUUGGAGGUAGUCUCAGUGCAGGUCCUAAUCCAGGGACUACCGGUACAGCAGCUACUGGCUUUGGAGGUUUCGGGACCACAGCAGCAGGAUCUUCGUUUGGAUCGACCACCACAGGGAAGCCGCUACAACUUCAGAAACCUCCUCUAAAGACACGGAAGAGCACACGCUGAGAUGAGUUGGGGAUGCAGGACACCAAUUAGAAGCAUGUCACUCUUACCAAUGGCCACAGUUUAAGCUGCACCUGAUAUUACAAGCUGUGAACAUUAGUUAGGAGCACACAACAAUCUGUUAGCCUUAAGUUUAGAUCAGGGUUUGAAACUGUCUUUUAUUUGGGGAGCGUGCGAAUGCUCUUGUGGUUAUGAAGAUUUAAGUUUACUCAAAAUUACAAACCAAGAGUGAUCUUAAGGUUAGCUCAGUAACCUUGAGUAGUUUGGGGUCCUCACCCAAAGUUAUGUGCUAUGUGGAUAUAUGAACUCUGAGGUUACGCCAGGUUGUAGUUAAAAACUUUGAACACUUGUUGUUUUGGAGCGUUUGAACCGUCGUUAUAGAUUGUUGUUGAUAACUUUGAGGUUUGGCAAACUUAAAGUUUAAACUGCAAUGGUCCUAGCUUUUGACUUACUGGUAGAAGAAGGAGUAUGGUUUAGUUAAUGAAUUAUUGAUAAU